GUCAACCCUAUCUUACAUAUGACCCUGAGUUCUCCAGGAUGCAACCAUGGACUCCCUUUCCAGGAUCUCACCAUCUCAACGCUGAGCCCUUGACUGAACGAAGGCUGAGCAGGCUGAGUUGAAGAUCCCUCUCAUUUGCCAGGUGCCAAGGACAAUGACCAGCCAGGGCAAUAAAAGGACAACGAAAGAAGGAUUCGGUGAUCUGAGAUUCCAGAACGUCUCUCUGCUGAAAAAUAGGUCAUGGCCACGCCUCAGCAGUGCCAAAGGGCGGUGUUGGGAAGUUCUGGAACCAUUUCCGGAUCACAGAAGGAACUUGGCUGUGGUCCCAGAUGGAGAAAAAUGCAGCAGUAACAAUGACUACGAAGACCCUGAGCUCCAGCUGCUGAAGGCAUGGCCAUCGAUGAAAAUUUUACCAGCCAGACCUAUCCAGGAAUCAGAAUAUGCAGAUACACGCUAUCUCAAGGAUACGAUGGAGGCUCCCCUUCUGUUAUCUCCCAAAGCUUCUGUCUCCACUGAGAGACAAGCCAGGGAUGUGUGGAUGAAGCAGCAGAAUGAAGUGGGCAAGCCUACCUCCAAGGAUGUCAGAAGCCAACACUUCAAAGGAUUCAAAUACACAAGAGUGAACAAGACUCCUUUGCCACCUCCUCGGCCUGCCAUCACUCUCCCCAAGAAGUACCAACCCUUACCUCCAGCACCACCAGAGGAGAGCAGUGCGUACUUCCCUCCAAAACCUACCUUUCAAGAAGUCCAGAGGGGGCCCAGGCAGAGGAGCACAAAAGACUUCAGUAAGGUCCUUGGAGUAAAAGAAGAAUCUCAUCACCAGACAAAACCAGAAUCUUCUUGCCCAUCACCAAAUCAAAACACUCAGAAGAGUCCACCUGCCAUUGCCAGCUCUUCCUACGUGUCAGGAAGGCGCGGUAUACAAGCCAGAGACCAUACAGGUAUCCCGCAACACUGUCCUCCUCAGAGAUGCCAAGCUGCAGCCAGCUACAGCCUUCGUAUGAUGCCUUAUGAAAACACAAACUCAGAGAAACCUGUUCCCACAAAGCCUGAUGAGAAGGAUAUCUGGCAGAAUGAAUGGUACAUUGGAGAAUACAAUCGCCAGACAGUGGAAGAGGUGUUAAUGAAAGAGAACAAGGAUGGUACUUUUUUGGUCCGAGAUUGCUCCACAAAAUCCAAGGCAGAACCAUAUGUUUUGGUGGUGUUUUAUGGGAACAAGGUCUACAAUGUGAAAAUCCGUUUCCUUGAGAGCAAUCAGCAGUUUGCCCUGGGCACAGGACUCAGAGGGAAUGAGACGUUUGACUCUGUGGAAGACAUCAUUGAACACUACACGUAUUUUCCCAUUCUGCUAAUAGAUGGGAAAGACAAGGCUGCCCGCAGGGAACAGUGUUACCUCACCCAGCCACUGCCUCUCGCCAGGCUCCUUCUGACUCAGUACUCCAGCCAGGCACUUCCCAAGGAAGAGGAGCAGUGUGAGGAACAAGAGCCCCUGUGAAUACCAGCUUGAAGGCAGACAGCACAAAUACGUGGACUACGAUGUGAAGUGGCCACAGAUCCAGACUUCGACCUACUCUGUGAACCAUCACAUCAAUGGAACUAGCAGAUCCAUAGCAAGGAACUCAGAGAAUCCUGGCUCAUCCCAAGCAUGAAGCAACCGAGUAACAGCGGGGACAUUUUUAAUAGUUUAAUGAUGCAUUUCUACUCAAGGGAAGAGAAGAGCUAUCCUCAAACCAGUAUUGACAUGUACAGUGGCACAUCAUGGUGACUCGUUUCUUCUCAGGCAAAGAGGAUCUGCAUGUAUUCUUGUUUCCUAACACAGAUGAAGCAGUGGACACUCAGAGAAGUUACUGAUGUCUUUAAGUAUAAGAAGCAAGUCCAGACUGCAACCCAUUUUGCCUGUUCCAUGUCAGUGCAUCAUCCCAGUUAUAUCCUCCACUCGGGGAAGUUUAAAUUGAGCUAGGGCAGGGAGGG